CUCCGCUCCUCACAGCUCCGCUCCUCGCUGCUCUCCUCCGCUCCUCGCAGCUCCGCUCCUCGCAGCUCCGCUCGGCGCCUCGCUUCGCAACACCGCUCGGCUCCUCUCUGCUCCUCGCCGCUCUGCUCUGCUCCGCUCCGCCAUGUCAUCAAGGGUGAGUGCCUUCUCCCGGAUACCGAGCCGGGUGCUGCUACCGGACGACCCCCUACGCCCCGCGGCCCGGCACUGCAACCGGCCUGCUGCCGGCGGCCCGGGGAAGAGCAGCGCUCCCGCCGCCAAGACCGGGGUGGAGGGGAGGAAGCCGGGGCUGCUGCCCCGCACCGUCCUGCGGGACAUCGGCAACCGCAUCGCCGAGCCCCCGCGGCUGGCCGCCCCCAGAAAGCCGCUGGGGGCUUACGGCAAGCGGCCGGGCGCCGCCGGGACAGCCGCCGCCGCCGCCCAGCCCGUGCCGAAGCCGACGGUCCCGAGGAGGCCGCCGAAGGCAGCUGCCAAGAAGAGUGCACCGCCGCCGCCAUCACCACCGCCGCCAUCACCGCCACCGCCGGAGCCCCAGCCCCAGCAGCAGGAGCCCACAUCCUCGUCUUCCACGGAGGGGCCAGCAUGUACCCCUGCAGAGGGCAUGCUGUGCCAGGCGGUUCCUGAUGCCUUGCUUGAAGUGGAAGAUGUUGAUGCGAAAGAUAGUAACAAACCAGAGUUAUGCAGCGAGUACGUGAAGGACAUCUACAAAUACCUGAGAGAGCUUGAGGUAACACAAGCAGUCAGACCCAAAUACCUGGCAGGCCAGAAUGUAACUGCGAAGAUGCGUGCUAUGCUAAUAGACUGGCUUGUUCAAGUACAAGUAAGAUUCAGCCUGCUGCAAGAGACCUUAUACUUGACUGUUUCUAUCAUUGACCUCUAUUUGCAGGACAAUGCUGCAAGAAAUAUGCUACAGCUUGUUGGUAUCACGGCUAUGUUCCUUGCCAGUAAAUAUGAAGAGACGUUUCCCCCCAGUAUUGGAGAUUUUGCCUAUGUAACUCAAGACAAGUAUACAACAUCCCAAAUUUGCAAAAUGGAGAUGAAGAUUCUGCAAGCCCUGGACUUUCGUCUGGGUCGUCCUCUCCCUAUACACUUCCUAAAAAGGACUUCAAAGAUUGCAGAGGUGGACUUGGAACAACACAUUCUGGCCAAGUACCUGUUGGAGCUAUCCAUUAUGGACUAUGACAUCGUUCACAUCCCUCCAUCCAGGAAGGCAGCUGCUGCUACCUGCUUGGCUCUGAAACUUCUCGGUGGAAGCCCGUGGACAGCGACUCUGCAGUACUACAUGUCCUACAGUGAGAGUGACCUUGUCCCAGUCAUGCAGCAUUUGGCGAAGAACGUAAUUCUAGUGAACCAGGGCUAUACAAAGUAUGCGGCCAUCAAGAAUAAGUACGCCAGCUCGGGCAACAAGCAAGUAAGCACUCUUGCGCAGCUGAACUCUACUAUCAUAGAAGACUUAGCCAAACCACUGGCUGAAUUGUUGUGACUGUGAAAAUUCUACAAAAAAAAUAUCGACGCUGUGUGUGUAUAUACUCUUAGCUUUUAUUUGUGUGCUUCGUGCUUUUAAUAAAGAUUAUUUUGUCUCUACUGUC